UUUGUUCAUGGUCGUUUGAUUCAUUUCAUGGGUUGAUUGGUCUGUCUGUGCUGAUUUCUGUGUGAUUCAUGAGUUCUGAGCGGAUAUAGUAAUUUCUAUAUAGUUUUCACUUUUUAAAGUGUAAAAUGGGAAAAUAUUAACAGUGAUGACCUGCUGUUCCCACUCCGCAAGAGGAAAAUAGUUUGUUUUACCCGAAAGGAAAAGAUGGAGAAUAAUCUGAGCCGCAGUGGCAGCCGUUCCAGCUCAGUAUGUGAGCUGGAAAAAGACUUUAGCGACAUGGAAAUUCUGAAAACUAGGACGAACCGACGUAACGUUUUGCUCCGAACGCCAGCCGCGCGUAAAGCAAAACGAGUCAGAUUUUUUCGAAAUGGUGAUAAAUUUUAUUCAGGUGUUAUAAUUCCAGUCUUGCCCGAAAGAUACAGGUCUUUUGAUAGUCUCACAGCAGAUUUAACAAGGGUUUUGGUUGACAAUGUAACUUUACCAAGCGGGGUCAGGACAAUAUAUUCACUUGAGGGUAGAAAAAUAGGCAAACUGGAUGAUCUAGAAGAUGGACAAUCAUAUGUGUGUAGUGGAUUUGGUGAGCCAUUCAAACGUCUAGAUUAUGAAGCCAGUGCAGUGACCCCUCAAUCAUUUAGACUUAGUGGCCCAGAGUCUUUGAGUGAUAGCUCAAGUCCAUCCCCAGCUAGAGCAAAUAACAGACUGUCCCGAUAUUUGCAGGCAAAUGGUAGUAGUACUACUACUGGCAACGGGACGGCAAGGGUUAGCCCGGCUGGAGACAAUGUAGUCCGACCCCGUAUAGUUACUAUUAUUAGGAAUGGAGUGAAACCUCGAAAGGUCUGUAGGUUGUUACUGAACAAACGUAACAGUCCGACAUUGGAACAUGCCCUGGCUGCGAUCACAGAAUGUGUAAAGUUAGACACCGGAUGCGUCCGAAAGGUUUUCACACGAACUGGAUCAGUGGUUACCGCAUUAAACCAAUUUUUUGAAGUCGAAGAUGUGUUCUUUGCUUAUGGGAACGAAAGGGUAAACCAAGAAGAUUUUGAAUUGGAAUUUGAAGAGAAUAAAGCUGUGUUACAAUGUAGGAAAACUCCAAUAUCUAGGAAUUCAAGGGCGGGACCGAAGCCUCGCAUGCCUGUGAAGGCUGGCGGCGGAGCAGCGCGGGCGGCCAGCGAGGCCGGCGCGGGCGCGGCCGGUGACGCCGCUGACGACACGACCGGCCCACAGCUGCCGCAACCACUACGCUUAAAGUACAGCGUCGGCAGAAUUAUUGGUGAUGGCAACUUCGCUGUUGUACGGAUAUGUAAAGACAAGACCACAGGGAAGGAAUAUGCUCUCAAAAUUAUUGAUAAGGCCAAAUGCAAGGGCAAGGAACACUAUGUGGAGGCUGAGGUCCGUGUAAUGAGAAAGCUGUGUCAUCCACGUAUCGUAUCGCUCAUCGAAGAACAGGAUAGCCCUGAAUGGCUCUUCCUUGUAAUGGAAUUAGUCAGUGGUGGAGACUUGUUUGAUAGUAUCGCGGCCGCUUCCAAAUUUUCUGAGCCCCAAGCGCGUUUGCUAAUCGGCCACUUAACAUCCGCUAUCGCAUAUCUACACUCGCUUUCUAUAGUGCAUCGUGACAUCAAACCCGAAAAUCUAUUGGUAGAAGUAGGCCUGGACGGCAGUAUACGAGGCCUGAAGCUGGCUGACUUCGGGCUGGCCGUCGAAGUGUGGCGGCCUCUACACGCCGUCUGCGGUACUCCUACAUACGUAGCUCCAGAAAUUCUUCUGGAAACUGGAUAUGGUUUAAAGAUUGAUGUAUGGGCUGCGGGAGUCAUUCUAUACAUUUUGCUUUGCGGUUUCCCACCAUUCUCCUCUCCUGACGGCGACCAGGAGAAAUUGUUCGACGCCAUCUUGUCGGCGCGGCUAGAGUUCCCCGCGCCGCACUGGGAGCGCGUGUCGGCGGGCGCUAUCGACCUGGUCGCCAACAUGCUGCGCCCGCAACCAGAACUACGCUUCGCUGCUGAGGACGUGCUCGACCACGUUUGGAUGGCGGACGAUUAUGACGAAAGCUGCGACUUCCGCACGUGGUACGACGAGGAUUCUUCAUAGCUGGACGUUGUCCGCCGCCUAUCGGUGUCGGCGCCCUUGUGACGACGCGUUACCGGCCAAGCCGAGACUCGAGCUCAUUUGAAUCUUACGCUACUGCUUUAGCGUUUAGUGCUGUUUACGACAGCGACGUAUGCCUUUCGAUAUGUUAACACCAAUACCAAAGUUUUUAUUUAACAUGUUUUACUUAAAGAUACUGCAUGCAUAAAUAGUCUAUGUAUUUAUAUAUUGUUUGGUGCGAACUCCGGUGCAGUAUUAUUGUUUUGGUUUUGAAUUAUUGUGUUAUCUUAUAUUGUAAGACAAAUUACAAGAUUAUUUCUUUUCAGCGAAAUGUAAAAGGGUGGUAUAUCUGUGUCUAUUAAUAUUUUACAAAUUCGCAAUAAGAGCGUGUGUUACUAUAUCGUGUACGUAGCUUGCCAAAAUUGAGAUGUAGCUGUUUACUGGCGUGUACAAACGCCAGACCAGUGUGUUUAACCCUCGAUUGACUUAUUAAUAUGGCUGCUCAACUGUUUACUACUACUUCUAUUUCUACAUCAUUGUCAGCCGUAGAAUAUUGUUAUAUUUCGCAUGUCGAAUAAAUCUGUCAAUUCUAAAGAUCUCUAGAUUUAUCUUACUGCUUUGUUAGCUUUUCAGUUUUAGAUUGAAAAUACUUUAGAUAUAAAGAAAUUAUAAUAUUUAUAACAAAUAUUUUAUUUUACGAUAACAUUCUGUAAUAUACGAGUAAUAUAUCUUAUUUAAUUAUUUCAAUGAAUUCAUAUUUACAAGUGUAGAGCGCAACUUAAUUGUAAUGUUUUUUUGUAUAAUAUGAAUUGCUUGUAGGCAUAUAUCCAAUGCUAUUGCUUCUAUCAUAUCGUAAUCAUAUCAUUCAUUUCUUGAUGUAACAUUCCCCUUUUGUAAAAAGAAAUCAUUCAGUGACUACAAGAUACAUAAAAGAAUUAUAAUCAUUUAUGUAAUGUGAAUAAUACCUUAUUGCAAAAAUGGUGCUAGCGACAGCGAUAACUUGUUUUUAAUAGAAUGUAGUUAAGUCUUUAUGCUAAUAAACAUUUCCCUUUCUAAGAAUAAAUUGUAAACUGAUUGUGGAAUUUAAGUAUAUCAGUUAUUUUUUUAAUAAUUUGGUCUAAAAUACGAGUCUAUUAGGAAGAUAUCUAAAUAGCACUGGGGAUGGUAAAAUACACAGAAUAUAAUUAUUUUCAAAAAGAUUUUGGUUCCUGUUGCAGCACAACAUGUAUCAUAACUAGCAGGUAAUGGCUUUUAGCUUAUCAAGCAAUGCUUGGCACAUUAGGAAACAAAGCUAUACUAAUUUAUAAUUAGAUAAGUGCCAAAUUCAUUUAUUAUCGCGCUUAUAUGUAUCAUAAUUCACGCAGGUCGCAGCAAUCAAUGUUCCUCUCGAAUAUGUAAUGUAAUUUUUUUUUACUAUCAAUUAAGUUAUUUUUCAUAUUAUGAUAGUGUUAAUAUAUCACUGAGCAACACAACAAAUGCAAACCACAUUAGACUGAAUUACAUUCCUUUACAGUAUGAUGAUAUGGCACUGUUACUGUUCAUUCAGUGUUUUGAAAGAUAUAACUAAACUCUGUACCAAAAGUGUUCUGUAUGUUUCCAUUUUGUAUUCCUUGGACUUUGUAUUUGACAAUUUUAUGAAAUUUUUAUAAUGAAAAUUUACUGUUGUGAUUUAUACGUGAUCAGAUUUGCCUAGGUAGGAUACCCCAAUUUUAAAGGAAUCUAAUCAUGAUCGAAAAUUAUAAAGAGUUAUAAUAAAUUAAAAACAAAAAAAUGCAAACAUAUUGAACAGAUAUUGAAAUGUAUCUACAAAAAUAUACAGUUGCAAUUCAUUGCAUGUCAGUCAUAGUGAUUCAUGAAAUUUUAUAAUGCAUUUAGACAUGAUAUGUUCAUUGAGUAAAUGAGAGAAAUAAAUAAAUUUAUAAAA